AUGUGUUAAAAAAAGCUAGUCUAAAAAAAUGUUGCCCCAGACCUCACUUUUCCUCUUAUAUGUUCUGCUUUAGCAAAAUACACAAACCUAACAAAUUUGAGACUUGAUCUUGACAACAAUUAAAUUGGUGCUACUGGUGCAUCAUCCUUAGGGUCUGCUUUAGGAAAAAGCACUAAUCUCUCAAAUUUGGCACUUGAUCUUGGUGUAAAUUAAAUUGGUGAUGAAGGGGCAUCAGGCUUAGGUUUUGGUUUAGCAAUAAGCGCUAAUCUAUUAAAUUUGACACUUGAUCUUGGAGUAAAUUAAAUUGGUGAUGAAGGGGUAUCAGGCUUAGGUUUUGGCUUAGCAAUGAGCACUAAUCUCUUAAAUUUGACACUUAUUCUUCAUGAAAAUUAUAUUGGUGACAGAGGAGCAUCAAGCUUAGGUUCUGGUUUACAAAAAUGUGCUAAUCUCUCAAAUUUGACACUAAAUCUUAGUAGCAAUAACAUUGGUGCGAUUGGUGCAUCAGAUAUAGGUACUGGUUUAGCAAAUUGCUCUAAUCUUUCAAAUAUAACAUUUGAUAUAAGUUGGAAUAAAAUUGGUGAUGAAGGUGCAUUAGGCUUAAGUUCAGCUUUAGUAAAGAGAACUAAUCUCUUAAAUUUAGAACUUAUUUUUCAAGAAAAUUAAAUUGGGGCUAUUGGUGCAUUAGACUUAGGAACUGCUUUAGGACAGUGCACUAAUCUUUCAAAUUUGACUCUUGAUCUUGGCUAUGAAAAAAUCAGUGAGUCAUAAUAAUUGAAAGUAAAAAGCAAAUGUCUUAAAUCAAAAAGAUUAGUUGUCUUUAACAUAAAUUUAUCAUGGUGA